AUGAUCCGAGAGAGAUGGUGUCGGUAUGGAGAAAUCAACAUCUUGCUGUAUAUAACAGUUAUUAUAUUUGGAAUUGGUUCAUGGGUAGCGGUCAACGGUUUACUGAUAGAGCUACCUGUGAUAGUUCCACACCUGCCCGAGGGCUGGACACUGCCCUCCUACCUAAUCAUGAUAAUACAACCGGCGAAUAUCGGACCCAUUGUCGUCACGCUGGCGUACGUCCGUACCAAGGACACUCUAAACGAGAAGGUUGUUAUAUACAUUAUUCUCACCAUUGGAACACUCGCGUGUCUGCUGCUGUCGCUCUUCUGGAAGAACACCUCAUUCGUGGCUGGCGAGGAACGCAGCACGGCUCUGUUGACAUUACAUUUCUUCCUGUCUAUUGUAGACUGCACAUCAUCCGUGCUUUUCUUGCCGUUCAUGUCGUUGUUCAAAGUUGAGUAUAUGACUGGCUAUUUUAUAGGAGAAGGGAUGAGUGGGCUGAUCCCGAGCUUGGUCGCCCUGGGACAAGGUGUAGGUAAGAUAUCAUGUGAAAAUGUCUCUGUUUUAGACACAUCUACAAAUCUUUCCUCGUUUGAAAUCCAAACUGUCUACAAAGAUCCCUAUUUCCCGGUAGAGCACUUCUUUUUAUUCCUGUGUGCGAUGAUGGUAUUAUGUGGAACGGCAUUUUCUUUAUUGAAUUACUUACCGUAUUUUAAAAAGGAACACGUCACAUUGAAUAAUUCGGAUGAGCGGAGCAGAAAAUGCAACAAAGGAAACUUGGAACUGCAGAACCAGCAAAAAGUCAAUAACUACGAAACCGUGGAAUCGCUUCUACAUGACAAAGAAAGCUUUGUAAAGUUGAAGGUGUCGUCAGCGCAGGGUUCGCUGAGUACCAAAACAUUCGUGUACUUGUUGUGUCUGGUAGUGUGGAUCAAUGCCCUCACAAAUGGCGUCCUCCCGUCCCUUCAGACCUACUCGUGUCUCCCGUAUGGCUACGAUGCCUACCAUUUGGCAAUGACACUUGCUAACAUUGCCAAUCCUUCGGCGUGUAUUGUGGCUUUAAUACUUCCGGUUCCUACCAGCCUCGUUAUCAGCUUACUUACCUUAGUUGGAACAUGUUUGUCGAUCUUCAUAGUGACCACUGCUGUCCAAAGUCCGUUUCCUGUUAUGUAUGACGACCCGGCAGGACCGUAUAUUGUUGUAACGACGUGGAUUUUGAUGACUUUCCUUAUGGUGUUCUCCAAGGUCUCCCUGGCAACGCUCUUUAGGAAACAAGGGAAAAGAGCCCUUCUUUGGUGUGGAGCUAUGACACAGGUUGGCUCAUUGUCGGGCGGUAUCAUCACAUACCUGUUAGUCAACGUGGCUAAAACCUUCCACAGCGCGGCUGCCUGCUCAUAA